AUGCGUGAAUAUGUCGCAAAAUCCGUUACUAUCCAAUUUCCGUUUGAUCCAUACAAAUGCCAAGAGGUAUUCAUGGAAAAAGUCGUCCUUGCCUUGCAGUCAAGCGCAAACGCGCUUUUGGAAAGUCCAACUGGAACCGGAAAGACGUUGUGUUUGUUAUGUGCCACACUUGCUUGGCGUGAAGCGUAUCUAGCCCGUCGGCAACUAGCUCAGGCUCUUUCGCGAGGUUUAAUGGACAAUUUUAAUGAUGACUUGCGGCGUUCUUUGGAUACAUCGGUAUCGACUUCACCAGAGAAAGAGGAUUAUACUAGGCCUCCCCCCACAAUAUACUAUGCUUCUCGUACCCAUUCGCAAUUGUCGCAGGCAGUUAAUCAAUUGAAGGCAACUGCGUACAGCCCCAAAGUCUGCGUUUUAGGCUCUCGGGACCAACUAUGCAUUAAUAAUACAGUGCAGAAACUUCCCCAUAGCGCUGCUCGAAAUAUGGUCUGUCGUCAUCUGGUCAAAAAAAAGGCUUGUCAAUUUCACAAAAACGUCAACAUUACAAAAACAGAUACAAAGUUUGAGCGAGAAAUUAUGGACAUUGAAGAAGUCGUUUCUUUCGGGAAGGAUCAUGGAGCUUGCCCUUACUAUGUCACACGUGAAAAUCAAAACACGGCAGAUAUCAUAUUUGUGCCGUACAACUACUUGAUUGAUGCCAGUGCUCGCAAAGCGCAGAACAUCGAUGUGAACAAUGCCAUAAUAAUAUUCGACGAGGCCCAUAAUUUGGAAGGUUGCUGCUGCGAAGCCACAUCUUUUGAAAUGACGUCGUCAGAGAUAACUGGAUCUCUUGAAGAAGUGCAAUACUGUAUGACCGAGACAUUAUCUCCUGGCAACAUAAACUCAAAGGACUUUGAACUUUUAAGAGAUGUAUUGGCUAAACUAGAUUGUGAAAUUAAAAAUCUUGACGUUCACACAAGACCCGAUCAAAGUUACCCAGGAGAAAAGAUAUAUGAAAUUUUGGAUAAGGCACAAAUCAAUUAUAAUACUUUUCCAGGCUUGAAAAUUCUCAUGGAAGAAGCGGCCAACCGGGUCCUGUUAGAUCGAAAGCGUUCUCGCUGCAUGCUUGAUCACCUCUUAUCAGCUUUGAAAAUAGUCUUUGGUGAGGCAGGCUCAACAGAAGCCGAACAUUGUAAACAGAUAUCCAAGUAUUACAAGUUGCAUGUCUCGCUAGAAAAGAAGGAGGGUGGUCGAUUAUCAUUGGGGAAUGGUAGAAUCGUAAACUUUUGGUGUUUCAGUCCUGGUUUGGCUAUGAGAGACCUUGUCAGUGGAAAGUGUCGAUCUGUCAUUCUUGCCAGUGGUACUUUGGCGCCGCUGUCUUCGUUUGCAACUGAACUUGAGAUUGAUUUCAAUGUUCGCUUAGAGGGUGCUCAUGUUAUCUCCGCCGAUCAGGCAAUGGUGUCUAUCGUUUGCAAGGGGCCGUCAAGAAUUUCGUUAAACUCAAGCUAUAAUAAUAGGAAUGACGAGAAUUAUCAAGCCGAUUUAGGAGAAUGCAUUAUUGACUUUAGUAGAACUAUUCCGGAUGGAUUGAUCGUUUUUUUCCCGUCUUAUGGCGUUAUGACUGAUUGUAUUAAUAUAUGGAAGCGCAAGCAUUCUCGUGGAAACCGCAAGAGUAUUUGGGAUUCGAUUAUAGAUAUCAAGCAAGCAAUUAUUGAACCCAAAAACAAACAGGAAUUUGUCAAGGCAAUGGCAGAGUUUAAUAUGAAGGUUGCAGACAACUCGAAUGGUUCCAUAUUUUUCGCUGUUUGUCGCGGCAAAGUCUCCGAAGGUCUUGACUUUUCCGAUGCUCGGGGGAGAGCAGUAAUUAUAACAGGAAUACCGUACCCACCAUUUCGUGAACCAAAAGUGGUAUUAAAAAGACAGUAUUUAGACGAAGUAGCGAAAAAACAAAAGACGAGAGCGAAGGCACUAUCGGGUGAUGAGUGGUAUCAACAACAAGCAGUGCGAGCAGUCAAUCAAGCCUUGGGAAGGGUCAUUCGCCAUAAAAAUGAUUAUGGUGCAAUACUUUUAUGUGAUAACAGGUUUGCGAACUCGAGAAAUUUAUCACACUUACCCGUUUGGGUUAGGCCAUUUGUGAGAGUUCCAAAGAACUACAACGAAGUGAACGGGCAAUUAGCAUCGUUUUUCCAAAAGAUGACAACAUGCAAACGUCAAGUGACAAGUCGGGCCAAAGUCAACCAAUCACAAGGUGUCACAUUACGCAAUGAUGUCCAGAAAGUGCAGGAAAUUCUCAAACAGAUAGAACACAAUCAUACUCUCGAUACUGUCCUCACAACGAUCACAACGAUAGAGACAGAUACUACAAAGAAGCGCAGGCCUUCAAUUACUGAAUCGCCGUCUGUUAUGAUCCAUAAAGUUCGUGAUACCAACACAGAUGCAUCAAAAAAGGCAUUUCCGCGGCGUAAUGCACUGGGGAUGAUAGUGACGAAAGAUAAAUAA